AUGUCAACAAAUAUAUCGAUAAGUUCGAUAACUUCAUCAGAUCCUUUAUCGAAGCCUGCACGACUACAAGUUGAUAUUAAUUCUUUACAAGAACAUGAAAACUUACCCCCACAACAAAUUGGUUCAUCUACAUUUAAUGUAUGGUUUUUAAAAUAUUCGGGUGGAGAUUCUUCAGCAAUAAAUUCAUUUGUCAAAUCUAAAUUUAGAGUAAAUAUAGAGAGAGAUCAAGGUUAUACUAAAGCAAGAAAUAAUUCACCAAUAUGUCUAUUUUUCAGUAGAGGUUGUUGUUAUAUGGGAUCAAAUUGUAAAUAUUAUCAUUGUACACCAAACAAAUUGAAAAAUGUAAACACAAAUUAUGCCGUUGAUUGUUUUGGAAGAAACAAGACGUCAGACUACAAUGACGAUAUGGAUGGAGUUGGAUCAUUUAACAAAAUUAAUAAAACUUUGUAUGUAGGUGGACUUACCAUGAAGCCGAAUAUUGAAGAAUUAUUACUGAAAAAUUUUGAAGAAUUCGGAGAUGUUGAAAAAGUCAAAGUCAUUUAUAACAAGAGCAUUGCAUUUAUAACUAUGAAAACAGAGAAUGAUGCACAGUUUGCUAAAGAAGCAAUGGAUAGACAAUGUUUAAUACAUUACGAGUAUUCUUCGCCAUCUACAACAACACCAUCAUCAUCAUCAAAUACCAGCAAUUCAGAAAAAAGUUUAGGUUCUUCAAACAAAAUCAAAAGUAGUAAGGAGGUGCUACAUAUACGGUGGGCAAAUCCAGAUAGAAAUCCAGAAGCUCAAGCUCAAGAGAAAAGAAAGUUUGAAGAAUUGGCGAUGGAUACCGUGAAAAGCAUGUUGAAUAGUGAUACUACCAAAAGAAUAAAAAUAAGUGAGGAAAAUAGUCAAGAUUCAAAUGGUAAAAUACGAUCUCCAACUGAAGUUGUUGAGGUAGAAGAGCUAGAUGAUGACCUUGACGAAGACGAUGAAGGUGAUUCGGAUGAUGAAGCUGAGGAUGAGGAUGAGGAUGAAGAUGAAGAAGAAACAAAUGGAAAAAUGGUUGAAGGUGUACAAACUACUAAUACGACUUCAUAUAAUGGCAUUAAUUCGAAUCAUAAUCAUCAUCAUCGUCAUUAUCACCAUCACAAUAACAUUAAUGAUAACACAAUAAAGUCAACUAAAAGAAGACUUUCACCAAAACACAAUCCGAAUUACAAAUAUGGAUCAAUUAAUCGUGGAGUUAUUAAUAACGGAAGAAAUACUGCAUCACCAACAUUACCAUCAAUAGAAGAUGAAGAUUCACCUGAUUCAAAAUCAAUCACAAAUCCAAGAGAUAUAAGAAAUGGAUAUUUUAAUGGAAAUGGAAUUAUAAAUGAUUCAACAUUUAAAAAUAUUUCACAAUUAAAAAAAAAAUUAAAAUUUAAAAAAUAUGAACCUUGUUUACUUAGUGUAUUAUCUAACUAUUCAAGUGAUGAAGAUGAUGAUUGA